AUGGACCCCUGCUUCAGAAAGACCACUAAGCCGAUGAAGCCGGUGGCUGGAGUGAAAAGGUCCAAACUUCUCCAGGCAUUGAAUGGGGAAAUAAGGAAAGAAUGUACUGUCUCCAAGACGAUUCAGGAGCCUGGACCUUCUUCUGCUGCUGCCAACACUUCUUCUGGACCUUCUGCUGCUGCCAACACUUCAAAGCCUCUGCCUGUCUCCAAGAUUUCUCCAGAGCCUGGAUCGUCAACUUCUAUCGUCAAGAAUAUUCAAGAGCCUGGACCUUCUUCUUCUGCUGCCAACACUUUGAAACCUAGGCCUCCAUCAUCGCCAUCGUCUUCUUCUUCUUCAUCCUCGUCUUUUGACUCCUUGUCUUCAUCAUCCUCGUCCUCGUCUUCUACGUCAUCCCCCCGAAAACAAAGAAAUAUGUCCCCCCUAUCCCCCUUGACUACUUUCUCCCUUGAUUGUCUCCUUACUAUCCCCUAUCAAAUCUCCUGA